CCACAUUUAACCCGAGCACAGCGCCGACCACUUGUCGUUUCAGAAAUGGGAUAGAAAACGUUGCUCCAGCGAGAUAUAGGCGAUUCCUGUAGUCCUCUGUGAAUCCUGAUAAACUACAGGAAGUGUGCUCUUCUCUGACAAGACAUGGUCUCUUUGUCAGCAGCCGGCAGUGCUGUGAUGGUGAUAAUCGUCAUGGUGAAGGCAAAAAGCAUGUUUUUUUUUUUGUAAGCACUUUGAGGACCAGUUUCCGGUCACACCCUCACCGUAUCAUUAGCGUGAAAAGUAUUUGCACUCCGAAAAUACAAAAUCUAAAGGAAAAUAUCUAAAGCUCGGGCUCCAGGAUGGAUCCUGAUGAUAUGAGUGAUCUCCAUGAGGAGGGGAAGAAUGCCAUCAAUGCUCCCAUGCUUCCCACGGGGACAGACGUCCAUCCAGAGGACACACUGCUGGAGGAAAACGCUGAGAGGAUCAUGUUGGACCCAACAUCGCGGGAAAAUCUCAAGUUUAAAGAUCUACUGAAGGUCCUGAUUGACUGGAUCAACAGUGAGCUGGAAGAAGACAGGAUCAUAGUCAAAGACCUGGAGGAGGACUGUUACGACGGACAAGUGCUCCAGAAGAUAUUUGAGAAGUUGUCGGGCAGGAAGCUGAACGUGGCCGAGGUGACCCAGUCAGAGAUCGGCCAGAAGCAGAAGCUCCAGACGGUGUUGGAGGCCGUCAACGACCUCCUGAGGCCUCAUGGCUGGACCAGCGAGUGGAGUGUUGACUCGAUCCAUGCAAAGAACCUGGUGGCUAUCGUCUAUCUGCUGGUGGCUCUGGCUAUGCACUUCCAGGCCCCCAUCCGGCUGCCCGAGCACGUCUCUGUGCAGGUGGUGGUGGUCAAGAAGCGAGAGGGAAUCCUGCAGACUGCCCUCGUGAGCAAGGAGCUGACGAGCACCACAGAAAUGAUGAUGGGAAGAUUUGAGAGGGACGCGUUUGACACCCUGCUGGAUCAUGCACCUGACAAGCUCAACGUUGUGAAAACGUCGCUCAUCACCUUUGUGAACAAACAUCUGAACAAGCUGAACCUGGAAGUUACUGAGCUGGAAUCUCAGUUUGCUGAUGGAGUGUACCUGAUACUGCUGAUGGGGUUGCUGGAAGACUACUUUGUCCCGCUGUACAACUUCUUCCUCACCCCCGAGAGUUUUGAACAGAAGGUUCACAACGUGGCGUUUGCCUUUGAGCUGAUGCAGGACGGAGGCCUGAAGAAACCCAAAGCCAGACCAGAUGAUGUUGUCAACCUGAACCUCAAGUCCACCCUCAGAGUUCUCUACAACCUGUUCACCAACUACAAAAACUCUGAGUGAACUCUUCCAGUGCCUCCUGCUGAUACGACUCUGGGCACUGUCCCUGUGCCUCCUGUGCUGGUAUAACGCAUUACACUCUGGACACUGGAGGAGACUGAGACUGAAGGUCAUGACGUGGGACUUAAAAAAGACACAGGGGAAGAAGCAGCCUGAAAAAAAAGGCUCAGAGUGUUGCUAUUAAAUCUUCGUUAAAUGUCAGUAUUUUCUUCUUCUUUCCUUAACUGCAAACCAGGAAACUCUGCGACCUUUAUCUUACUGCAUUUGAAUUACACGGCUGCCACGGGAAAAACGUGUGAGGGCAGCACGUCGAAACUGGAAAACAUUUGUGUCAAACUCACUUGCUUACCUCCAGGGUUAUUUAAGGAAGAUGAAAAUGUUGUUAUAUAUUCCAUAAAGUGCUUUGUAUAAAUAUUAAAAAAGAGUGUGAUGGACACAGCCCAUGGUCAACUGAACUUAACUAACGUUAGUUUAGCUCUGUAUAAGGUUAAACACAAAAAAGGUCUAACAACACCUCUAAUGUUUUCAUAACGCGUUACAUCACAUUUGCUUAAUCUGGACAAAAGCCAAAGUGUAUAAAUGAAAGUGUGGGCUGAGUGUGUGUGUGUGUGUGUGUGUGGGGGGGGGCUGUCCACACCAGGCGGAAGGGGCACAUUGAGGGCCCGCAGUAUGCCCACAGAUGCAACACAUCUUUCUUUCCAAACAGCAGCAGUCUGCUAAUGAACCUGUUGAAGAACAGCAAAAAUGUCCAGAGCUCCAGCACCGGAGUUACAGUAUCUGAUGGGAGCUUGGCUAUCCAACAUACAUAACAGACAAUAACGUAAUUAGCAAUUAAAAAAAAUUAACCACAGCCAUUAUUAACACAUGGCCUGACAGUAUUCCACUCUUGUCAUUCAACUCUAUACAUUUGAUUCCUCAGUCGGUAAGAUUCCUCAGCUGCUGAUGCAAACCAAAGAAAUAUUUUUUUUACUUUUGACAGUCAGUCCCCACUAACGUUAGCUAAUCCCCAGACGUUACCCUCCUCCUUACCCUCAGAAACACAAAAGUUUCCUAUUUAAUGGUCCCGAAAAUAGUUGUUAAUUUAGCCUUUACUAUUUGCCGCUCCCCUCUUCCACAGCCCCCUGUCCCAAGAAAGUGUUCAACUUAUGAAGUGAAGAAAAGAUUGUCAAUUAGAACGAUUCAUUCAUAUUGUACAGCAAAAAAAAAGGACAAACAUUUAAAAGUACAUCUAAUUUUGACUGCUACUAACUGGAGUUUUAAACCAUUUGUUAGGUCAAUAUAUAUGACAACAUAUUACUCUUUUAUUUACAGUACUCUUAUGUACUUAAUGUUAAUAUUUUUCUGUACUAUAAUUAUCAGACCUACCGCCUUGAGUGCAGUGUUGCUCUCACUGUCCCAGGAGAGCACCAGUGGGAGUAUCUCCGUAUCGCCCGGCCCUCUCGGAGCAUGUCCCCGGGGGGGCCCCGGGACCCACCGUGCCACCUGGAGACUUCGAGCUAAGAUUCACAGUGCCUGCGUUUUAGAGCCAGGCGGAAUUUAUUAGGAGUGGAUAAGUCAAUCUAGUCUGUGCCUGCGCUGGAUGGCUCACCUCUGUGCGCUUUGUAUCUCGCCUAUCAAGAAAUAAAUGCCUGGAAUCAAA